AUGGAAGCGGAACAAAUCUCUGGAAUUAAAGGUACCAUCGCUUUUGACACUCACGGCAACGUCAUAGAGUCCACUGGCGUGGGGAGUAAAAGAAUCGAAGAUAUAGGUGAACUAUCGAAAGUCGCGCUAGAUUCAGAGGGUUUCGCCCAAGUCCAAGGCGACGCAUUACUGGUACACUUGUACAAACACGAUGAUAUCACUCUGGCAGUUUACACAAAUGCUCAAUAA